AUGGUGCGUACUUCGACGCAGGCCACAGGCCGACAUGAUUACGAGGAUUACACCAGUCUCUUGCCCGAUUGCCCAAUCCACCACAUCUUCUCCUUUUUGCCCACAAGGGACGUCAUCAAAACUUGCAUUUUGUCGAAAAGGUGGCGGUCUAUUUGGACCACUAUUUCAGAUCUUAGGUUCGACUCUUUUUAUGAUAAUUCGUUUGUGGAUGGGGUUUUGAGACACUAUGUGUCAUUUAAGGUGAGAAAGUUCCACCUUGACAUCAUAUCAAAGCGGGACUUCUGCCCCUCUACCACUGAUUUAUGGGUUCACUUUGCGAUUGAUCAUCAAGUUGAAGACCUUGUUCUCAUAGUGAACAUUUGUUGGAAGCAUUACUGGUCUCCAUUGCUUUAUAAUUGCUCUUCGUUGACUAAGCUAUGCUUAAGAGGCUGCUGUUUCUCCUCUAGCGAAAGCGUUAGUUGGAGUUCGCUUAAGCCCCUGUCCAUUGAAGGUGUUGGUGAUGAUGUGCUUCGGAAGAUUUCGAUGGGCAGCCCUGUUCUUGAAUACUUGAAUCUCAUAAGAUGCCCGGGUGUAAAAAGAAUUCAUCCGAGAAGUUUGAGAGAGUCGGUGAUCGAUGAUGUUCCUGUCGUGGAAUCCCCUUUGGAGAUUUCGACUCCUCAUUUGCCGUUGUUGCAUUCGAGAGGGAUUAUUUUGAAGAGAUGA